AUGAAACAGAAAACUAGGGCCUUAGGUGGAAUCCCACCACUGAUAGAGUUGCUCAACCAAGACAUUCCUGAAAUUCAGAGGAAUGCCUGUGGUGCUCUUCGAAAUCUGUCUUAUGGUAGACAAAAUGAUGAAAAUAAGAGGUCUAUAAAGAAUGCAGGAGGAGUUCCAGUUUUAGUAAGACUACUUCGAAAGACACCCGAUAAUGAAAUCAAAGAAUUAGUAACAGGAAUCUUGUGGAACUUGUCUUCUUCAGAGGGUCUCAAACGUUCAAUAAUUGAUGAUGGUUUAGCUGUUAUUGUCAAUUACGUAAUUAUUCCACACUCUGGAUGGGAUCAACACAGAGAUCCAAAUGAUCAGCUAAGAGUUCAAGAAAUAUGUUGGUCUACUGUGUUUCGUAAUGCUAGUGGAAUUUUAAGAAAUGUCAGCUCUGCUGGUGAAUAUUCUAGAAAAAAAUUACGAGAGUGUGAAGGUCUUGUGGAAUCCUUGCUUCAUCUGGUUAAAGCAGCUAUAGGAAAGAAUGACAUGGACAACAAGAGUGUAGAAAACUGUGUCUGUAUAUUGAGAAACCUAUCAUUUCGCUGUCAAGAAGUAGAAGACCCAGAAUAUGAUAAAAGAGUUUUACAGCCAUCACAUUCUCGUAGUGGAUCAAUGAAAGGAGACAGCUUGGGCUGCUUUGGAACAACAAAAAAAAGAAAUGGAGAUAGUACAGAGAAACAGAAGAAAGAGGCUUUUCUGUCCUCAACUCCAAGACAGGGGGCAGGACCAGUCCAAGGGAUGGAGCUAUUAUGGCAGCCUGAAGUGGUGCAGCUAUAUCUGUCCUUGUUGUCAGAGUGUUCAAACCCAGAAACAUUGGAGGCAGCAGCUGGAGCCAUUCAAAACCUGGCUGCUUGCUACUGGCAGCCAAGUCUAGAUAUCCGUGCAGCAGUUAGGAAGGAGAAAGGUCUUCCAGUAUUAGUGGAAUUACUUAGAAUGGAUGUUGACAGAGUAGUGUGUGCAGUCGCCACUGCUUUAAGAAACCUGUCCAUGGAUCAGAGGAAUAAAGAACUCAUAGGGAAGUAUGCCAUGCGUGACUUGGUGCAGAAACUUCCUAGUAGUGGACCUCUGCAAGAAGGAGGAUGCUCAUCGGAUGAAACUAUAGCAGCUGUGUUGGCUACUCUGAAUGAAGUGAUCAUUAAAAACAGUGACUUUGCUAGGUCAUUACUUGAAGCUGGUGGAGUGGACCGGUUAACAUACAUAACAAAACAAAAAGGCAGAUUUUCUUCCAGAGUGGUAAAAUUCACAGCACAGUUGCUGUACAAUAUGUGGCAACACCAAGAUCUUCGAGAAGUAUGUAGAAAAGCUGGCUGGAAGGAAUCACAUUUUAUUACACGCACGAUGGUUGCUCGUAAUGCUGCUUCUACACCUGCUAGUGCCAACAGCACACUUCAACGACCAAUCAGUACACAGGGCACAACAAAGUAUGAAGACAGAACACUGCCUCGUCGAGGUCCAGAUGCUAGUUCUUCCAUCACAGAUGGUGUACCACGUAGUCGGUCAGAGGAACUGCCCCUAAAUGAUGUCCGAGAAGAUAUGGAGCCACCAUUACCACCACCACCUCACAGACCACCGGUAGGGGGUGUUUUGAUAUUUCCCACAGUGCCGGUAAUGGAAGAACCACACUAUGGUAUACUUCCAAGGGAGAACCUCAAACAGAUGGAGCCUCCAGCUCAUGAGGAUCAAGAAGGGGACUCCUGGGUAUAAGUUAUCAUCCUUUUUCUUGCAGUACCUGCCAACUAAUCAAACAUAUACCCAGUGACAAGUCUGAUAAUCAUCUGUAAUUUUUCCAAUCCUGGACAGUGGUCAGAAGAUGUUACUGGCAUAGAGAAACCAACAGAUCUUUUCCCUUCCUUUUAAUUAUUCCUUGCUACAUUUUGUAUAUAUUGAGAUCAGCUGCUUGAAUAUUAAGAUGUUAUGCUUCAAAAAAACAAAACUUUUCUAGGACUAGAAAAUUCUUGUGUGUUUGCAAGAAGCAGCAUACCCUGUGGUUUUAACUUCAUACUGUUAAUGAGAGUAUUGCUGACACUUGCUACAGCAUUAAUCUUUGUUGCAUGUCUUUGCUAUCAAUUUCCCAUUUUGAAGGGAAAAACAAUUUGUAAAUGUUGAGGUAAUGACAAGCUAGUCAGUGAUUAUGAUGUUUGUAAACGACACUAUGUUUUAAUUCUUUAUUUUCGUACAUAUUUUAUUAUUUUCCAUUUCCACUGUUAGUAUUGGAAAUAAUUUUGUAUUUUUCUUUAGUAUACUUUUAGUACUUGAAAUGAUUUUGUAUUUUUCAUUUCCAUUUUAGCAUUGGAAAUUAAUAACUUUUGUCUCUACUUAUAAAAUGUUUUUUUUUCUUUUAGUGAUUUUAUAAUUUUUUCUAACAUUCCAUAAUACUGAUACAAGUACAAUAAUGCACCAGCGUGCUGCUUGGUUUGGUGAUUUUCCAAGUACUUACUGUGGUAUUUUUGAACAGUUGUCUUGCCAUGUACAUCCUUUCACAUUUUAUGGUUCAGAAGUUGGUAUUUGUUAAUGUUUAACCUGCCUAUGUACAAAUGUGUGUUUAAUUAAAUAUGUACGUGUAAUUAUUGGCAAUCAAUAAAUACCCUAAGAUCUCAGGCUCUCUGUAACCCCAUA